AAUACACCGGGCUAUCAUGCGAUUUUCACUUCAACCGGAGGAGUUGCCAUAACCCUCCCGGCAUUCGUGAUGAACCCGCCACCAUUUAUAGCCUCGCGGUGACAAACAAUCUUAUUAUGAGAUUUAAACUUUGCCUCGGCUAGACUGGAGGAUCAACAUGCGCUCCUCUCGCACUCGUUCCCCGCAGUUCCCCCAACUGAUACAGUAAUACCUUCCUGACUAUACCCGCCUCCUCUGAUUGUGGUUAAACGCCGGUGUCAGCUCUCGGUGUAAUAGAAAAAGCCAAGCAGGGCUCCGGGUCUGUUCAGCAUACAUAAAGGCGAGCGGUGAGAGGAGCUCAGCCCUGAAUUAAAUCACUCACCGCUAAAUGGAUCUUUGAGACUCUCCCUUGACGCAGUCAGUCGCUGCUUUGUGCGUCUGCAAACCGAAAACAGAAAAACUGGGAUUCUUUUUUUGUUUGUUUUUUACUCAUUUUUUUUUUAAAUAUUAUCCAACAGAAACAUCUCCAGUGUCUUUGAACAUGUCUCGUGUUCGUGGUGACAUACAGUAAGCUGCCAGCUUUGUAUGAGAAGAGGCUCUUGCUGCGCGAUCGUCAAGCAGAGUUCAAGAAGAGAAAUCAGUGAACAUCUGCACUGCUAUAGGAGGACACCAGGGAUGCACAGUGAGGACUUCAACCUAGAUUCCAGAGGUUAUUCCUCCGUGCACAUGAGAGCGACACAGAAAGGAAGACAGUGGCAGGAACAAUAAGAUGAGACCAUUCAAUGAUGGUAACCUCUAAGGAGAAAAGCACAAGCCAACCUGAGGCGGUGAAAUCUCUUUUAAGCUUCACCACAAGUUCACUGCAGGCAAACCUCAAUGAAAGAAACUCAGUGUAAGGGCAGAUUCUCAACUAUUUUUUGAUUGGUACAUGGGGACAAUACCAUCCAUCAAUGAGGAGGAGACAAAUAAAAGGAUUGUUUCUGGCCCGGAACAGUUGAACAUCCAGCUGAUUUUCCAAAAGGAUCAUCUCAGCUGCACUGAAACCACAGCGGUAUCACCCUCCUCAUUUUUUUGGCCCUGCACAUGACUCUCAGAGAAGCACCAAUGGCCUGCAGCUUAGGCAUGGUGAUGAGUGCCUUGUUUUGGUCUGUAGCCACUGUAUAUUUGACUCAUAUUGGCAGAGUCAGCGGAGACUGCUGGUUAAUUGAGGGUGAAAAGGGCUUUGUAUGGCUUGCAAUUUGUAGCCAAAACCAACCACCUUAUGAGGCCAUCCCACAGCAUAUCAACAGCACCAUUGUGGACCUUCGUCUGAAUGAAAACAAAAUCAAAAGUAUCCAUUAUUCUGCCCUUAGUCGCUUUGCCAACUUGACCUACCUGAACCUGACAAAGAAUGAAAUCUCCUACAUAGAGGAUGGGGCCUUUUCUGCUCAGUUUAACUUACAAGUCCUUCAGAUGGGCUUCAACAAGUUGCGGAACCUGACAGAGGGGAUCCUCAGGGGUUUAGGAAAGCUGCAGUACCUCUACCUCCAGGCAAACCUGAUUGAGACUGUGACACCCAAUGCCUUUUGGGAAUGCCCCAACAUUGAGAACAUCGACCUCUCCAUGAACCGGAUCCAGCAAUUAGAUGGGUCCACGUUUACCAGUUUGACUAAACUGACCACCUGCGAGCUGUACACCAACCCUUUCAACUGCUCAUGUGAAUUACUUGGUUUUGUCAAAUGGCUCUCAGUUUUCCCCAACAGGACGAAUGAGCGAAUGGUCUGCGACUCCCCACCUGGCGUCUCUGGUUAUAGUUUACUGAGCCAGAAUCCAAACAAUCCAACAUAUCGAAAUGCGCUCCACAUGCUCACCACUGUGUGUACGGAUGACUACGUGACACCAUUUAUUCCCAUGCCCACUGAGCCCACGACGCCCCCACCCGACUCCACACUCUGUGGGCUGGAAGAUUGUCCCUCAGGCACUGAACCAGAAGACAUUACCAUAAGUACAACCUACAAUGAUGUGGAAGUAAACCCUUUCAUGAAACUGAAGCAAGUAUCAAAUACAGGUGCCACUAUCACGGUUCAGAUACCUUACCCCUACAAGAAGAUGUACAUCCUGGUUCUGUACAACAACAGCUUUUUCACAGAUAUUCAAAACCUGAAAGAUAUAAAGGAGGACAUUGAACUGAAAAACCUUAAACCCCACACUAACUACACAUACUGUGUCGCUUCAAUACGUAAUUCUCUUAGACACAAUCACACUUGUCUGACAAUCACUACUGGCCCUUGGAAUGGAAAGGAUAGAGUUGUAAACAACGCAACUGCUACUCACUACAUUAUGACAAUUUUGGGCUGCCUCUUUAGCAUGGUCAUUUUCCUGGGUGUGGUCUACUAUUGCUUGCGAAGAAAGCGACAGCAAGAUGAGAAGCACAAAAAAGCAGGCAGCCUGAAGAAAAAUAUAAUAGAACUCAAAUAUGGGCAAGAACUGGAGGGAGGGACUAUAUCUCGAAUGUCACAGAAGCAGCUGUUGGCCGGAGAGAGCAUGGCACGUAUGCCAUAUUUACCAUCUGCAGCUGAAAUGGAGCAGUACAAAUUUCAAGAGAUAAGUGAUACUCCUAAAAUGAUGAAAGGAAAUUACAUGGAGGUGCGAAGCGUGGAUCACCAUGAACGCAGGGAGUGUGAUAUGGGAAUGGCUGGGAAUAGCCAGGGGUCAGUGGCAGAGAUUUCCACCAUUGCAAAAGAGGUAGAUAAAGUCAAUCAGAUAAUUAACAACUGCAUAGAUGCUCUUAAGUCAGAAUCCACCUCUUUUCAAGGGAAAUCUGGAGCAGUGUCCACUGCAGAGCCCCAGCUCGUACUAAUAUCAGAACAUCCACAGAGUAAAUCUGGCCUUCUGUCCCCAGUGUAUAAGGACAGCUAUCACCACUCUCUGCAGAGGCAUCGGUCCUCUGAUGCCUCGCCAAAGAGGCCCAGCACUGCCACUGGAGGGCCCAUGCGAAGCCCCAGGCCUUAUCGCUCUGAAUCUAAGUACAUAGAGAAAACCUCCCCAACAGGAGAGACCAUCCUCACUGUAACACCUGCUGCCGCCAUCCUGAGGGCUGAGGCAGAGAAGAUCCGUCAGUACAGUGACCACAGGCACUCAUAUCCCGACGCCCAGAUAGAGGAGCUUGAAGGACCUGAAAGCCACAAGUCCUCCAUGCUGGAGCCUCUCACUCACUCCCGCUCCAGAGACUUAGCGUAUUCCCAGCUGUCAUCUCAGUAUCAUAAUCUAAGCUACUCCUCCAGUCCUGAAUACUACUGCAAACCUUCACACAGCAUCUGGGAGCGAUUCAAGCUCCACCGGAAGCGGCACAAAGAUGAGGAGUACAUGGCUGCGGGCCAUGCACUGCGUAAGAAAGUCCAGUUUGCAAAGGAUGAGGACCUGCAUGAUAUUUUAGACUACUGGAAAGGUGUAUCAUCCCAACAGAAAUCAUAACCUCUCUAGGUGUUUUUAAAAUGGACCACACAUUGCAGAAAUGACACAAGAACCUCAUCUGACAAUUGAAUCAAUGGAUACUUCCAUAUUAUAAUCAACUACUCACUCACGUGUAUCACAUUCUCUUUUGACUGUGAGGAAAAUGGGGUAAAGAGUCUUUAAAUUUGUCAUAUUAUGUAAAGCAUUCAUCGGGAAAACUUUUAUCUAUUAAAGAGAAAAUAUAUUGCAAAUUAAUAAUAUAUAUGUUACAAUGGAUUAUAGGUUUUUGGGUAUCGCAUGGCCAAGUCCUGUGACAGUGGAUUUGCUGUUGUGUAAUAUGAAACUAUUAUAUGAAGAUAUGUCUACCGAAGCCUCAAUAUUUUUUUGAGGAACUAUCUGGACCCUUCAUUCAAAAAGAACUUUUGUUUUUCUCCCUCCCUGCAUAUAUUUAAUUCAACGAAACUAUGUACAGAUAUGGGUAUCUAUAUUUGCAAUGUUUGCUGUGUAAAUGGAUAAGUAUUAGUGGAUGAAUCAGGUUUAUCAAAUGGAGCGCUGUUCAUUUAGAAUAACUUGUUGCUGAAAAACAGCCACUUUGUCAUUUUAACCGUCACCGCCUGCUUUUUUAAAAAAAAUAAAAUAAAAUCGUUUAUUUCUUUUUUUAAAGCUUUUACAUGCGUUUAAAAGAUACAGACAACUUCAUUUUAAUGUCCCCUUAAUCACACAACGCAGUACUCACUGGAUGAAAUCUGAUAGACUUCAUGCAGGCAAGAUGCAGUAUAUUACAUGCUGUAAUGAAAGUCUCAAUCAUCAGUUUCAUGAACCAUCAUUUGUAUCUUUAGUACCAAAGUAGAAAAAGCUGAAAUGUUUACAAUAUUUCUGCACGGUCUGGGAAUCGUACAAACAUACAGCAGUAGGUCCAUGUUGACUCUCUUUCCUUUUUUUAUUGUAUCGGUUACUAAGUGAAACAUUGGGAAACAAUAAUAUCCACAUGCAGGAUAUGGUAUUGAAAGCCUACUAUUAAUCACUAACAUUCAAAAGGGAAGGCAGCUGUACUUUGUCACCUGUUGUUUAGGUACAGACAGCUGUUCUUCCCUGCAAGAGAGCCCGAUGGAUGAAUGUAACAGAUACAUAUUCUGAUCUGUCUAUGGCAGCUUUUAUGUGAGGAAAUAUUUAUUUAAUGCUAUUAACGACUGUGUUUUUUCCUUUGCUAAUAUUUCUUCCAGUGUAUUAUAUUGCAUAAUGUCUGAUCCGAUAAAGCAGGAAAGUAGUUUGUUGUUCAGAUGGGCCUUGUUGCUUGCUGAGAGGUUUCAUUUGAUUUUUAACUGCUAGGCUGUUAAAUCUUUUUGUAUAUUAUGAAAGCUACGUACCAGACGAAUAUCAACGUGCUAGAGUAAAAUUUGAGAAUGUGAAACUGAAUCCUCUGACUUACUGGCUGUGAAUUUGUAUAUCAUGAAAUUUUUUGAGUAAAUAUUAACGCUUUUCUCUUUGUAAGACGUUUAUAUAACUUAUUCCAAAUGGGCUCAUGAUGAUUCAUUGCAUAUUCAUGAAUGAGCAAUAAAUUUGUAUUUGUACACUCACACUUAUUUAAGACUUGUAAUACUGUAAGUCCUAAUGUCAAAAUUAGAGAACAGCAGGUUAAACAGUUGAGUCAUACAUUUCUGAGGUUGCAAGAGAUAUUAAAAAAAUCAUAGAUUCUGAAUUGUAAAUUCUUAAUUUGAGUUAACAAAAUUAACAAUUUUCCCAAGCAGCAGCAGGUUUUCUUUUUUACUUUCGUGUUCUCAUUUGUCAAAUUUCCAUCCAAAUUUAGCAAAAAUUAACCUAAUUACCAGAAAAAUCUUCAAAAGAAAAUUCCAUUUAGCCCAUGUAUUCAUCCACGACUGAUGAGCCAAUAUUAGAUCACACUAACAGUUGGUGGUACUAAAUCUCCAGACAAGAGCCAUUAAACCAGGGGUGUCAUACAUGCAGCACACUAAAGGAUCCAAUCCAGACCUCUGGAUGACUUUGCAUAUCUAAUAUUGAUGCAUUUGUGAAGUCUAACACCACUUUCUAACAUACAGCAAACAGGCAAACUCUGGCAGAUGGAGCAUAAAAGGGGCGACUGUGGCUCAGGGGUCGAGCGGGCCGUCCACUAAACAGAAGAUUAGCAGUUCAGUCCCUGGCUCCUCCAGUCCUCAUGUCUAAGUAUCCUUGGGCAAGAUACUGAACCCCAAAUUGCUCCCAAUGGCUGUUCCAUCGGUGUGUGAGUGUGUGUGAAUGGGUGAAUGUGACAUGUAGUGUAAACGUGCUUUCGGCGGUCGAAAGACUAGAAAAGUGCUGUACAAGGUAUAAGUGCAGUCCAUGUACCAUUAAUCAUUUAAAAACUGUCCAGAUAAUACUACAACUAGCAGAAUACUGUUCUUUGAAAAAAAUAAUAAAUAGGCUACUGACUAUGGUCAUAUUUAAAGAUAAUAAACACUGUGCAAAACAGUGUCAAUCAGCGGCUUUGAUACAAAAUGUUCUUGAUUUGUAAAUGGUUUGUAAGGCAAGAGAUAACCUAACCUCCUCCCUUAAUAGCUACCACUUUAGUUUGACAUGGUUACACUACUAUAUAGGAAUGGAACUGCAUGGAAAACUGCACAUGUAAUGACAGUGAUUAGUAGACUGACUGAAUGUGGAAAAACUGAGACACAUUGCUGAAAUGGAAACAUCAUCAGAAUGUACUUGUACUUCUUUAUACUAAAAGAAAUCGAACAAUUUGGAGGUGUUGUUAUUUAUAGAUUAUUAUGCAACGGGUUUACUGGUCCAACCCACUAGAGAUCAAAUUGGGCUGUACAGUACGUGGCCCAUGAACUAAAAUGAAUUUGACACCCCUGCAUUAAACUCUUGCAUAAGACCAGAGGGUGCAACUAGAUGACAUAAUUAAAAGAACAUUUCCCCUCAGGUUUUAUACUGUCCAAAGUGAAGUGCAUUUAAAAAACAGGUGGACAGAGACACUCUUAUUAUCAUCCUUGAUUAAUAAAUUCAUAUAAAACCAAUUAGUACUUUAUUAUGUUGCAUAAAGCUGCUACCCUAAUAUGACUUUGUCCGGAAUCUGUGGUGCUUUAAAUAAAACACAUCCAGUAUCUACAGAUGAAAGAUGAUAAUCCACUUUUUAGAGCUAAAAUAAUUCCAGAAUUGGGCAAAUCAUUCUUUUUAAUUUUAUUUCUUGCUGCAUUUUCCCAAAUAAAGCCAGUUUUGGUCACAUGGCAUAUUUUGCACAUUAAAAAAAGGUGCAGUCCUUUGCAUGUAAAUAAACAACAAAUGCUUCAAUAUCCAUGAAUGAAAAAAGUAGGGCAAAUAUACUCUUUGUAGUUUGUGUUCAUGUGAGGAUCAGAAUCUUCAAUCUGAUAGCAGAGCUGACCUGAGGGAGUGAAUUUAUCUGGUGACAUUUUUUUUCCAUCAACUCUUUUUUGUCACAUUAGACAUUGAGUAUAUAAGUAUAACUGCAGGCAUUGGUUAGCCCAUUUGUAUUUUUUUUUUGUGUCAUAAUGCUGCGUCCAUUUCAUCUAAGUGUGUCAUGAUGCUGAUAUUAUUCAUUGAUGUGAAAUGAAGCAUUCAUGAGCCUGAUGUGAAUUUGUUAUGUAAGCACCUUAUAAAGUGUUAACUUGGUUGUCUGACUUAAUAUUUCAACCGCCUUAAGAUUUUGGGAUAUGUGUACAAGUGUAAAUUUCCUUUUGUUUCAUUUCAAUGUUGAUACUGUUGACAAGUCUCCAUUUGUUGUUAUUUUUAUAAAAGCAUUUCAGUAUCUUCUGAGAGCUGUCAGGUUUCUAGUUCAUUUAGCUAUUUAGCAACAUGUUUUUUAUACUGCAUAUUGUAGCACUUCUGUGUCUAAUAAGAGUGUUGAUAAAACCUUUAGAAAGAUCAACAGUUGUUGUUCAAGUGCAUCAAAACAAACAAGAGCACAAAAAUGUGUUUUUUUUUUUAAUUUUAUUUCUAAAUACUAUGUUAUCUGCUUUCAGACAAAGUACUGUGAAAUAAAGUUAAGGGUGCACAUACAGUAUACACCAGCAUCUUUAUUAUGACUUCUGGCCAGAAUCACUUAAAGGCUAACAGCCAUUGA